CGCCUACAGAGCAAAUAGAGUUGGACAACACGCGAGGGUGAAUGGAUGAGUGGCAGUGGCAGCCUUACGCUUCAGCUUCAGGCCUUACCUUACCUGGCAGUUUCAUAUAAAUAUAAUUUCAAUGAAAACUGAUAUUCCCUUUUUGUUUCCCGCCAGCUACCUUCAUACAAUAGCAUCGCUAAGAUUAAGAACAGGUGGCGAAGCCUCAAAUAUGAACCCUCCCAUUUUCAUAUUUCCUUUUGCAUUUUUUGAGGACUUCCAACCGUUUCCCUCACAAUCUGUGGAGCCAAUCAUUGCCGAACUCUUUUUCUUUCCUCCUUCAUCGCCGUUCCCGAGAAUUCUCUGUUUCGCGGAGCCACCAGAGGCGUAGGCCGACUUCUUAAGAAUCCGCAGCGAAUCCAUCUUCGUAUCGUAGCGGACCGUCAAUUCCGACUCCAAACAUGAACGAGAAGGCCUCCAUCUCUAAGGAGCUCGAAGCCAAACAUACUAAGAUUCUGGAAGGCCUUCUCAAGCUUCCGGAAAACAGGGAAUGUGCUGACUGCCGGAGCAAGGCUCCACGGUGGGCAAGUGUAAACCUUGGAAUUUUUAUAUGUAUGCAAUGCUCGGGUAUUCAUCGGAGUCUUGGAGUACAUAUUUCAAAGGUACGGUCUACUACUCUCGAUACAUGGCUACCGGAACAGGUUGCUUUUAUGCAGUCCAUGGGAAAUGAGAGAUCAAAUUGUUACUGGGAAGCAGAACUACCACCAAAUUUUGAUAGGAGAGGGAAUCAAAUGUUCAUUCGUGCCAAGUAUGAAGAGAAAAAGUGGGUUUCUAAGAACAGAACACACCCAACUCCACCAUUAGGUGGAAUGAGGAGUAUUUAUUGUGAUUCGAUUGAAACUGGACCCAAAAGCUCCAUUUCAAAGAAGAUGAGGAACUUUUCUCUUGAUGAAGAAAUUCUCACAAAGCACGUGGCAAAAGCAACUCCCACAGUAGCAAAAGCACGCGGGAAUUCUUUAGAUAUGAAGAACCAUAUGAUUGCUUCAGCUCCUCCAAGAGGGCCUUCAUUGGUGAAAGAAAUUGAUCCAUCUACGAAAAAUACAAAUGGAUCCCCAGAUCUCUUAAAAUAUGUCCAAGAUGCAAAACAGGACUGCUCUAGCGUAAUUCCAGCUCGUUGGGCAACUUUCGACUGACAACGAAUCUCACACAUUGUCUGCCUAGCUUGGUGAUAAAUUAUCCAUUUGUGGUGGUUAAAUUUGGACGAAGCAUAUCUUGUCAACAAGGUUUGUUUCUUCCAUAAAACUCCGGUCGUCUUUCAAGCACCAAAAGAAAUAAAUAUGUUUAUGAUUUAUUUAUAUUUCUUUGAUUAAAGACCCAUCACAUGUAUGAUCACCUGUUCCACUUGGCCAAGUUGUUUAGAGGAUAACUUUAUUUUUUAUCAAUGGAGAUCUCACUCCACAUAAAUCUCUUGACUUUGUUGAAUAUCUUGGAAUUUUUCUUUUUUAUUAUUAUUUUUUUA